CUUAGCCCCGUUCCCUACCAUGACAUAAUUGCCGUGCCUACAACACAAUGCGUCCUUUGCCGCAAGGGACAGCAUGUGGAAACCGUCAGUCCGUCUCUCUGCAGCCACUGGAAGGCCUCCCAUUGCCCGCCUCACCUGCAAUCGCGCCCCGAGCAGCUCCUCCAGCUCUUCCAGCUCCUCGUGGAUAGGUCGGCCCGCCCGCCAGCGACGCUGCUUCCACGAGUACUUCGUCACCCACAUUCCCUCGUCCUCGCUGCACCCAGACUCAGGGUCCAAACUCAACCACAAGCUUCCGCGCGACAAGAGCACUCCCCAUGAGACAAAAGGAGACAGCCGCUCGCCGGCUGCUGUUGUGGGCGCAAACCGCGACAUGACAGUAGUCCGGAUACCGCUGAAGAGCGCGAAACACCACUUCGGUGUCUCGCUGUCACGGGGCUCGCGGCCAUACAACGAAGAUGCUUUUCAAGCUGGCACCAUUGAGGUUCCAGCCUUCGCCAAACGGCGCCCAAUGUCCCUCACACGGAAGGGCGGGGCUGCAAAUGAGGUCACACCUGCCGACAGCGCGAGUGGAGAUCCCCAGGUCUUCUACUUCGGCGUGUUCGAUGGACACGGUGGUGCAGUGUGCUCUGGCUUCCUGAGAGAGCAGCUGCACGACUACCUCGAGAAGGCGACACAGCAGUUCGAGCUACAGAGCAGCUUGCAGAGGGCUGGGCCUUCGCUACCGGGCAGCAUGCAGGACCCUAAUACAACACCCAAGAGUCGACAGGCGAAAGACAAAGAGAGCUUAGAAGCUAUACAAACACACACGCCGCCAGGCACAGAGAAGAUGCAGCCACCGAACGGCAAGGACCGAGGCGACCUACCUAGCAGGGAACGAGAUGGACCAAUACCUGGCGAUCCGCCCAUCCCACAGUCGGACAGCAUACGGAAGGCUGAAGAGAUGGAGCGCCAGCUGGUCAGUAACUGGAAGGAGCUUGUUGGGGGCUACUUCAGGCGCUUCAAGCCAGAGCAUUUCUCCGUGUCUGCUGGCGGUAGGGGCCAUCCCCAUGAGAAGGAGGUCAUCUCGAAACGCCAUUCUGCAAAUUCUUCGAUAUCUGACGAUACUACUGAGGGUGUUGGCAUAGAGACGGUUCUGGAGUACGCCUUCUUGAAAGCCGAUUACGACUUCGUGGCUGCGCAAGUAGGCAAGAAAGAGGAAGACCCCGUUCGUGCAGAUAAGGCUAUCAACGACGAUGAUAUCCUCGGCAAGCCCUCGCACGCAGGUCAGAAUAUCGGUGGCACGAAGCGCUUCAAAGGUGGUAGCACAUGCAGUGUUGCUCUUAUUUCGACUCCUACGCCCUCGCCGUUCUGGCACCCAUCAUCACCUUCAUCGCUGAUCACUGCACACGUUGGCGACACGAGGAUACUCCUCUGCAACACUGCGACUGGACUUGCCGUACCCCUAACAUCAAAUCACCACCCAUCACUACCUGAGGAAGCAACACGCCUGCGCCGAUUCGCCGCCGCCUUUGUGACCGACUCAUUUGGUGAAGAGCGUAUCUCCGGAUUGGCCAACACCAGAGCGUUCGGCGACAUGUCCUCGAAGCGCAUCGGCGUGUCUGCUGAGCCCGAAAUACGUCGCGUUGAGCUCUCACCUGCCGAAUAUUCGUUCAUGGUUCUGUGCUCUGACGGCGUUUGCGGUCAUCUCUCUGACCAGGAGAUUGUCGAUAUCGUUAAGGAAGCCAAGACUCCUGACCAGGCUGCUAGAGACCUCACGGGCUUUGCGGUCGAGACGUCGACGGGGAGUGAGGGUGCAGACAACGCGACUGGGCUGGUCGUCAGGUUAGGCGGGUGGGAGAGAAGGGGUGAAGGAGGGUUGGGCAGCUUGGGCACAAAAGAGAUGCGUGACUGGAGGAAGGAAGAAUCCAACGAUCCGCGACGAGGGAGGACAUGAGCGUCACGAUGCUGAUCACUUAGGAUAGUUCACAUCUUCUGGUCCUGUCCAUCAUGCAGCAGUACGGUCUGAACGUUUGGGAAGCUUAGCGUGUUUGCAUAGCUGGCGUUGUCGCGUGCACUUGAUUGUACAUACUACCUACAGGUCUCCUAGCAUUCUCAUGUAUCUCUUCACCUA